CCCACAGCCCAACAAACGACAAUAGUAUGAAAGGAAUUCCAUGGGCGAUUUCAGCUGAAACACAGUAUCUAACGUGUCACGAGCUCCGACUCCCUCAUGCGGUUAUUUAUACCUUGUCCAAACUAAUCACCUGCAGACCUGCUCCCUCCAGGUGUCCAGUUCCAGGUUACGCCUCCACAGUCCACACUCCCUAGUUCCAAUUCCAAUCCAAUCCCCAUUACUCCAGCUAUCAGUACGGCAGUACCACCCCACCUGACCGCCCCAACGACGGUGGUUCUUUUCGCCUCAUCUCCUACCCCGUGUGCUCACCGGCGUUGGCUAUGCACCAUCGCAUGGGUCGCUUCCUGCUCUUGCCGGCUCUAACCUUGGUAGUUGCGUCCGCGUGGGUCCCGAUCACCUUCGCCGACCCGCAGGCCACGCUGCUCAACCAGGGGUGCAGCCAGUACAACGCCACGCCCGCGUCCGCCUUCAUCGCCGCCCUCAACUCCACGUUCGCCAGCCUCCGCGCUAACCUCUCCGCUGCAAGCAGCGUCGGUUUCGCCACCGCGGCGGAACCGCGCGCUGCCGCCCCGGCGUUCGCGAUGGCGCAGUGCCGCCCGUACGUCGCGGGCCGUGACUGUGUCGCCUGCUUCGACGCGGCCGCCGCGGGACUCCGCGCCACCUGCGUCGCGGGCCGCGCGGCCAACGGCGGGCGCGCCAUCCUCGACGGCUGCAUGCUCCGGUACGAGAGCGCGGCCUUCUUCGACCAGUCUACGCUCCCGGGCAACACGCAGCUCUGCAACGGCUCCGCCGUCCAAGCCGGCGGCUUCGCGGACGCAGCGCGGGCGCUGGUCGCCGACUUCGCGGCGGCCGUGCCUCGCGUCCCUGGGCUAGCCGCCGCGGCCGCGAGCGGCGGCGUGUACGCGGCGGCGCAGUGCGUGGAGACGGUCGGGGAAGCCGGUUGCGCGCAGUGCCUCAACGUGGCGGUGGGGAACAUCGAUGGGUGCCCACCCAACUCCGACGGCCGUGCCGUGGACGCCGGCUGCUUCAUGAGAUACUCUGAUAGGUCUUUCUUCCCAGCGAACUCGACGACUGUGGACCUCGCGAUAUACUUGCGGUCCGGGGCUACACUGCUCCAGAGUAUGCGAUUCAUGGCCAACUAUCAGAAAAGGUUGACACAUACAGCUUUGGUGUUGUCGUCUUGGAAAUAUUAAGUGGUCGGAAGAGCAAUGAUACAAGGCUUGAGCCUGAAACACAGUACCUGCUUGAAUGGGCCUGGAAGCUAUAUGAAAGUGACAACUUAAUGGCCUUGCUGGAUGAGUCACUUGAUCCUGAAGAAUAUAGACCGGACGAGGUAAAAAGGAUAAUGGAGAUAGCCCUUCUCUGCACUCAAUCAGCUGUUGCUGCAAGGCCAAUGAUGUCAGAAGUGGUUGUGUUGUUGUUGACAAGAGAUGAUCCAGAGGUCCAGCCCACAAGGCCCACUUUUAUCGAUGCAACAAGCAGAGUGCGAGGCGAAACAUCCUCCUCCAGUUCGUCUUCUGCCUCGAAGGCCACCAUAUCAGUUUCUCAGUUUUCGGCCAGGUAAAAAGCAUCGUUAUAUGACUUCUCUUCUUUUUUCUGUAGUAACAAUAUUUGUAAUCAGUAUAGGUACAUAUGAUAUAUCUAUAUUAGCAGGGAGUGACUGAUUCCUUGUCAGCAUAUAUGACAGCUAGCAGUGUAAAUCAUUUGAAAUUUCCCUUUUGUUCUUGUACUAUGUAAGUUGUAAUUAUCCAUAUGCUUGUGAGGUUCACGUGCAUGUUUUAUAAUGUGCUUACUGCUUUCUAUGUA